GCUGUUGUCCAGCAGGGGGCGAUGUGAUGAUGCUCAGCUGUCGGCGGAGUGCCGUUCAUCAGCAGCAGAAGAAAUCACCGGGAAACUGCGCUCUCACGCUUUCAGCAUGGUAUAUAGAGAAUUAAACAUCACUGACAGGAUCGAUCGUCAUGUCCCAGAGGAAGAGAGCGAUUCCAGCUUCACAGAGCAAAACUCGGAGACGCUCUCAGGUAUCUCUGGGUGAGGAUGACGAGGAUGCUAAUUUUAGCCAGAUAACCUCAUCUCAGGUCCAGCGAGCCCGAGAGAACUUCACGCCUGACCAGAUCGACCGCAAGGUGGCAGAGGUGGUCCAGUUCAUCUUAAUUAAAGACCAAAAAAAAAUACCCAUUCGAAGAGCAGAUAUUGGCAAACAUGUGAUAAAGGAAUACAAAGCCAUCUAUACAGAAAUCAUGAACAGAGUUUGCCGCAAAUUUGAUCAGGUGUUUGGACUAAAGCUGGUUGGAUUAAACCCCAAAAAUCACAUUUAUAUCCUGAUUAAUAAGCUGGAGCCCAUUCAUGGAGAGCCAGUGAGCAUAAACCCUGGAAACCCAAAGACAGGCCUGCUGUUUGUCAUUCUGAGUGUCAUCUUCAUGAAGGGCGGUGUCAUUAAAGAGAAUCUGGUGUGGAAUACACUCAAGAAGCUGCGGGUGGAUCCAGGGGAAAAGCAUGACGAGUUUGGUGAUGUAAAGAAGGUGGUCACAGAUGAGUUUGUACGGCAGAAGUAAGUGAAAGUGGCU